AUGGCGGCCUACAUUUACAUGCUGAAAAGAAGCGGUAGCGCGCUGCCAGAACCAGGGAAAAAUCCUUGCUUGGUCAUGAAGCUAUUGCACACGCGCCACUGCUUGAUGACUUACAACGGUGGACCCUACACGAUUUCGCAAGCUUGCGAAAGGAGCUGUUGCCACGCAGUGCUGAAGUCUGUUUCGGAUGACGCCUUGACUGCAAGACUGAAUGAAGUGCAACGCACUAGGCACUUCCGAAGCUUGCCAAAGCUGCAGCAAGUGGGCAUGCUGCUGCUCAGCAUAUGGUUCGCGGACUUUCUGCUUGUGCAAGCCACAGACAGCUCCAGCCCCUUCGACCUGGUGGGUGUGGUGAACGCCUUCUACAAGGACAUGAGUGAGCCAAACCGACUUCUCCACGGUUCCCAGUUUUUGCGGUCGCUUCAUGAGUCUCGAUUCAAGCAUUUGGAGAAGUCUAUGCGCUUUGCUGACAGCGGGGACUGGCGAUUGGAUGCUGACAUGUUAGACCAGUGGAACAUCUUUCCAGCGCAGCAGCUCAUGGCACCUCACUUCCGCAGGAGUCUUGAAGAGCUGGGCCGUCUGCGCAACUACGCGUCGGCUUGGCGCUGGAACGGCAUGAUCAGCAAGCUCUUCGGCCGAUGGGCAGGGAAGCAAUCCGUCGGCGCAGUGGCAGCUGGAGUGGCGGAGGCGAUGAAAGCCGUCCCGCGCGAGUGCCCGAAGCGGCUGAGGACAGAGACGGAGAACAUUCUAUCUGCUGCGAGAAAGCUGCUCUCCGUGACGUGCGACUGCUGCGAGAAGCUGUCCCACGAGUGGGACAUCGUCGAGCCGACCCAAAGGGUGCUUGAGCUGCUACGAUAUCCCGGGGCUCGGAAGGGCGAGAAGCCUCCCACAUUGUCCAUGCGGCAAUGCAUUGCUUUGUCGGAUCAAGAUCGCUUUUCGACCUUCGUCUCCUCUUCCGGCGAAGACAACAAUACUGCCACCUCCCUUCAUCUCCGAAUGAAGGAUUUCUCCGGCAAGGCAUUCGAUGCGCAACUCUUCCAUGUGAAUGUACCGAGCCUCCUCACUCAGCAUCCCCAACAUCUGGUUGGCAUUAUCGCAACCUCGCGACACAACGAUGCGAUACCCAGCAUCCCAGAAGGCGGUGUUCUGAGCGGCGUGCCAGAGUCCGCCUCGGACAGCCGAAGCCAGUCUGCAUGCUCUGAGGUGAGCUUGGGCUCACGUCUGCGCAGCGCUUGGGUGGCCGAUGCCGCUUCGUUGGAGUGGCAGGUCUUGACAGCCAAGUUUCAAGAUUGGUUGGAUUCUGUUGACCACGUCGAGUUGACGCUCGACCUCUCCACUGGCUCCGAAGGAUACGCGGUGCGGAGGGCGACCGUCCACUUGAAGGAAGUAGCUCCUGGCGAAGAUCCCGGCACUACUCUCUACAGCAUCAUCAAGCCAAAGUACCAGAUCGUUGUUGAGGACUGGAUCUCCGAGCACAUGAACUCGUGGUAUCAUGGCAUCCCGUGUGAUGAACAUUGUUUGGGCAUCAAGAUCAACCUUCCGAUGUUGGGCAGUGUGCUUGUGGGUGACAUGGCCGUCUCCAGCAUCAAGGAGCGCGAACACGAGGAAGAGCUCCACCUCGAGAUGGCCGUGGAGCUUCGAAACUUCCUGAAAGCCACGGGAAGCAACGCCCGUGAAAGCGGACCCUAA